AUGGCUGGGACACUGCAGUCCUCAUGGCUUUUCUUCAUAGUUCUCUUGUUUGCAGGCCAGCAGGGACAGACAAGGGACAAUAAACUAACACAGCCUCGUAUGCUGUCUGAUAAUGGUCACCUUGUGUUCACAACUGGGGACAAUAAGGACAUCCGCUUCCAGCCUUCAGGAUCAGGUCAAGUUAAAGUGGGGAAUGAAGACCUCACUCAACUUCUGAAUCAAAUCAAAACCAAUAAAGAAGACAUUGAUGACAUUAAGUCUCAUGGAGGAGGAGUUCCACCUGAAAUCACCAACAAGCUCACCCAACUUGACACUAAGGUGACGGCACUAGAAGGCCAGGUGACUGACCUUCAGCAGACAGUCCAGCGCAGCUCCUGCAGCAGUAACCCCUGCCAGAAUGGAGGAACGUGUCUGAACUUGUUGAACUCAUACCACUGCUUGUGUCACACCAACUGGGCUGGCCCUAAUUGUGCAACGGAUGUAAAUGAAUGUCAGGUGUAUGCAGGAACUGUUCAAAGUUGUCAGAAUGGAGCCACUUGUGUCAACAGUCCUGGAUCUUUCACCUGUAAUUGCUCUCCAGAAUGGUCAGGGACUCUCUGCACUGUGCGUUACGAUGACUGCAGGAAUGCAGGACAGGACCUGUGUGUGCAUGGUUUAUGUAUUGAUGCAGAUCGCGUUGUACCUGGACAGCCAAAAUACCAGUGCAUUUGUGAGAGUGGAUGGGAGGCUCCAGCGGGAAACCCAGCGUGUGUGGCAGAUGUUGAUGAGUGUAACCUACCCACCAAGCCUUGUUCAGCCAACCCUGCUGUUCCCUGCUACAACACCCAGGGUUCUUUCUACUGUGGAGCCUGUCCUGCUGGUUGGCAAGGCAACGGAUACAGCUGUCAGGAUGUGGAUGAAUGUUUGACCAACAAUGGUGGCUGCUCUGUCACUCCGAUGGUUCAGUGUUUGAAUACUAUGGGCUCUUUCCACUGUGGACCCUGUCCUCCUGGCUAUGAGGGAGAUGGGAGAACAUGCACGCAAUCCAAUAUCUGCUCUUCCAACAAUGGAGGCUGCUACCCGUUGGCUAGUUGCUCCUCUAACCCAGGUUCAAGCUUCCCUGUAUGCACCUGCCCAGCAGGAUAUACUGGCAAUGGUUACGGCCCAACAGGUUGCACCCAGAUGAGUAACAUCUGUCAGAGCAACAACCCCUGUGUCAAUGGACAGUGUGUGAGUACCACCUCACCGCCUGGCUACUUCUGCAACUGUAACGCUGGCUGGCAAGGACCUCACUGUGACCAGAAUAUUGAUGAAUGUUCAAGUAACCCCUGUCAAAAUGGAGGAACCUGCACUGACAGCAUCAAUGGAUUUACAUGUAUCUGCACUUCCCAGUGGACUGGUCCGUUCUGCCAGAGUCCACAGCAAGUGUGUGGAGGCCAUCUGACUGGCCCCGCUGGUUCGUUCAGUUAUCCCAACACUCCAGGUCAUGAUGAUUAUGAUCACCAGGUCAGCUGUGCCUGGGUGAUAACCACCGAUCCAAAUAAGAUUCUUCGUAUCACCUUCCCUUUUUUCGAUAUUGAGAACAGCGCCAACUGCAACUUUGACUUUCUUCAGAUCCAUGAUGGCAGCAGUGCCUCUGCUUAUAUGAUUGGAAAAUACUGUGGACAAAAUAAUCCUCCAGAACUUUUCAGCUCACAUAAUUCUUUGUAUUUUUGGUUUCGCUCUGACCAUUCUAUCAGUAAGGGUGGCUUCACCGUAACUUGGCAGUCACAGAACCCAGUAUGUGGUGGUGAACUCAGUGCUUCCUAUGGCAACAUAAACUCACCUGGUUACCCUGGCAACUACCCACCUGGCAGGGACUGCUACUGGAGAGUUGCAGUGGAACCUGCCCUUCUUAUUACCUUUGCAUUUGGUACUUUAAGUAUAGAACAACACCCAGACUGCAACUUUGACUUCUUAGAGGUAUUUGAUGGGAACAGCAGCAGUGCUCCACAACUGGCCAGACUCUGUGGCACAGAGCUCCCAGGCAGCAUCAACUCUUCCAGCCACCAGUUGUACAUCAAACUCCGCACAGACAACAGCAUCAAUGCUGGAGGCUUCCUCGCAUCAUACGGCUCCAAAUGUCAGAACAUCCUGAUCUCAGGUCGACACAGAGGAGUGAUCGAGUCACUAAACUUUCCAAACAACUACCCAGCCAACUCCCUGUGCAGCUGGACCAUCCAGGCCACCAGUGGAAACACAAUUAACUACACCUUUACUGCCUUCCAGUUGGAGGGAACAUCCAGCUUCUGUGAUCCUGGCUGCGGCGGUACAUUCACUGACACUGAGGGCAUCAUAAUUUCCCCCAACUGGCCUAAUAACUAUGCCCACAACCGCCAGUGUAUCUACUUGAUUAGGCUGCCAGUGGGUGAAAAAGUGGCCCUUAACUUUACCCACAUGGAUCUAGAAACUCACAGUGGCUGCUCUUUUGACUAUGUGGAGGUACGUGAUGGGAGUAUGGAAACUGAUCCUUUGAUAGGGAAGUACUGUGGAAGCCUCCUCCCAGCCCCCAUUGUCUCAUCAUCUAACUCUCUGUGGAUACGCUUCAAGUCUGACAGUUCAGUCAAUCGAGCUGGUUUCAGGGCUGUCUACACUGUUGCUUGUGGAGGAACUUUAUCGGGGACAGGACAGUUUCGUUCUCCCUACCACCCAAAUUCCUAUCCCCACAACAAAAUCUGUGAGUGGGUCAUUAACCAACCAGAGGGCUAUGUGGUCACACUCAACUUUCUCGCUUUUGACAUCGAGGGAGGCUCCUGCCAGUUUGACUUUGUUGAGGUCAGGGAUGGGUCUACAUCUAGCUCUCCCCUAAUGGGGACAUUUUGUGGUGCUACACCUCCUCCCAGACUCCAGUCCACACAGAGAUCUAUGUAUAUCCAGUUCAGGACCGACUCCUCUGUCAGCAACCUUGGCUUUGAAGCGUCCUAUGGCUCUGCCAUAGAGGGUUGUGGGGCAACCCUGACGAGUCCCUCCGGCACCAUAACAAGCCCUGGCCACCCAAGCAGCUAUCCACAUGGUGCUAAUUGUACCUGGUACAUUAACGUUCCAGCAGGCAACCUGAUUCGACUGUCGUUUGACUCAUUCAACCUGGAAUACCACGCUAAUUGUAAUUUUGACUACGUUGAAGUAUAUGACAAUGGUACGGUGGAGACUGGCAACAAGCUUGGCAGGUAUUGUGGACGGUCAGUGCCGCCAUCCCUCACAAGUUCUGACAACCAGCUGACCCUGCUAUUUGUAUCUGAUUUGAGCUUAAGCCAAGAAGGGUUUUCUGCCAGUUAUGUAUCAAUAAAUGCCACCACAGACUGUGGUCAGAUCCUGACCUCGCCAACAGGUUCGUUCAGUUCACCUAACUACCCGGACAACUACCCAAACAGCAGAGACUGUGUCUUUAAGAUCAUUGUUGAGCUCAACAUGCAGAUUAUGCUGAACUUUACAGCAUUUGAGUUAGAGGGCUCUUUUCCAACUUGCGCCUACGACUUUGUAGAGAUCAGGGAUGGAGGUUAUGAGACAUCUCCAUUCAUUGGUAAGUUCUGUGGCGAUCAAAAACCUCCAGUUCUGAUGUCCCAUAGCAACCGUUUAUGGGUUAGGUUCCGCUCUGAUUUUAUAACCACACGUCGAGGAUUUACUGCCCACUGGGAUGGAACACAGACAGGUUGUGGAGGAACACUGACAACAACAUCUGGAGGAUUUUCUUCUCCUAACUACCCUCUGCCGUACCACCCCAAUUCAGAGUGCUACUGGCACAUUAAGACCAGCCAGGGCAGUGAACUCCAGCUUUCUUUCUCAGAUUUUCACCUGGAGUCCAGCUCAUCUUGCACCUUUGAUUACCUAGCAGUGACAUCUAAUUGUCUGUUGUUUUCAUUCCUCUCUGUAAAUCUACUUCAGACAGAUUUGUCUAUGUAACGUUGUACUUACCAUGUUCUCCAAACAUUGCUCUUCUAGCUCUAUGACGGGCCUAAUGAGCAAGCUCCUCUUAUUGGGAAAUUCUGUGGAAAUUCGCCUCCACCAGCCAACAACACCAUGAGCUCCGCCCUUACUAUGGUUUUCAGAACAGACUCCUCCUUGUCCCUGCCUGGGUUUCAGAUGAUGUGGUACCAAAAUGGUUGUGGUGGGGAACUUUCUGGCCCCAGAGGCUCCAUCAGCAGCCCAGGAUAUCCAGUCAAGUAUCCUGAAAACACAGAGUGUAUCUGGUAUAUCACCUCAACAGCUGGCAGCAGUAUUACCCUCACCAUCCAUGAAUUUGAUGUAGAAUAUCAUCAAGACUGCAACUAUGAUGUGCUGGAAGUAUAUGGAGGCCCAGACCUGUCAGCCCCUAAACUGGCUCAGCUGUGCAGCACCACAACAAACCCAAUGCAAGUUUCCAGCACCGGCAACCUACUUACCCUGCGUUUCAAGUCUGAUGCCUUCGUCAGUGGUCGAGGUUUCAAUGCAAGCUGGCAAGAAGUCCAGGGAGGCUGUGGAGGUCCAGUGACUGCACCGUCAGGGGAAAUUCAUUCUCCUUUGUACCCAAACAGCUAUCCGAACAACGUGGACUGUUCCUGGGUGAUCAGUGUGGAUGCCGGUCAUCGUGUCUCCUUGAACUUCACUGAUCUGGACAUUGAGUACCAUAGCAACUGCCUCUGGGAUUAUGUAGCUGUCCAUGAUGGAACAAGUAUAACUUCUCCACUGCUUGCCCAAAUUUGUGGCACCAGCGCUCCUCUCACCAUAUCCUCCACCACAAACACCAUAUAUGUUCGCUUUAGGUCUGACUUCAGUAACAACCACCGUGGCUUCAGUGCUAGAUUUUCUGAGGCCUGUGGCACAACUAUUACAACAGACGAUAUUGGUGGAGCCAUUGCAUCGCCACGGUACCCAGCAUCAUAUCCACCAAAUCAGAACUGCAGUUGGAUCAUCAAAGCACAGGAACCAUUCAACCAUGUGACCCUGUCAUUCACUGAUUUUGAGCUGGAGAUGAUAAACGUCAACUGCUCACAUGAUGCUGUGGAGAUCCUGGAUGGAGACAACUACCAAGCACCUUCUAUAGGGCGCUUCUGCGGCUACGAAAUACCUCAUCCAGUGACAUCUUUCAGCAACUCUUUGGUGGUCAACUUCAUCUCUGACCACUCCGUCUCUGGAAAAGGCUUCAGAGCCACUUACUCAGCCUCCACUUCCAGUUGUGGUGGAGAUCUGGUGAUGCAGAGUGGUGCAUUUAAUAGUCCUAACUUUCCUGAUUCCUAUCCACCAAACAUGGAAUGCGUGUGGACCAUUAGGAGUUCACCAGGAAAUCGUCUACAACUCUCCUUCAUUACAUUUCACCUCCAGGGAGGCUCAAACUGUGAAAACGACUACCUGGAAAUCAGAGAAGGAAACUCCACUGGAGCUGUGGUUGGUCGUUUUUGUGGAAACUCUCUUCCCUCCAACUAUACUUCUGUGAUUGGUCACAUCCUGUGGGUUAAGUUUGUCUCAGAUGGGUCAGUAAGUGGAGCAGGAUUCAGAGCCACCUUCUCACACUUGUAUGGUAUUGAUGUGACGGGAGAAUCUGGUCAGAUCGCAUCCCCGCUGUAUCCAAGGACAUAUCCCAAUAAUGCCAACUACAAAUGGACCAUAACUGUGGAGGGAACAAGCUACAUUCAAAUCCGCUUCUUGGACAUGGACAUAGAGGACCUGUACGACUGCUACUAUGACCAUCUGAAAAUAUUUGAUGGCCCAAAUGUUCAUUACUACCCGAUUGGGACAUUUUGUGGUCUGACCCUGCCUGGCCCCAUUAGAAGCUCAGGAAACACUGUCACCCUGCAGUUCCAGACAGAUCUGGUGGUGGGAGGACGAGGCUUCCUUGUGGAAUGGACUGCUGUGCACGGCUCUGGACCACCACCAACUAUUACACCAGGUGAAACACAACAGCUCCUCACUGUUCUGAAUGGGUUGGCUGCAGAUGCCCCGCGCCUGCAGCGGUUCUGUGGUACAGUACCUGCAGGAACUCAAGUGCAUUCUUCCGGUAAUACCAUGGCUGUUGUGUUCCACACUGAUGCUUCUGUAACCAACGGUGGCUUUUCAGCGACGUACUCUUCUGAUGAGUCUGCAGAAUGUGGUGGAGUUCUGAACAAUCCCGCUGGUGGGAAUUUCACCUCUCCUGGCUACCAAGUGUCCAAUUACAGUAACAACCUUAAUUGUGAGUGGUUAAUUGAAAACCCACGUCAUGUCAAUUCCUCGAUUGUGGUGCUUGUUCAGGACCUGCAUGUGGAAAACCAUCAAACUUGUAAAUCCGACUUCCUGCAAUUCCGUUUAGGUGACUCAGAUGGGGAACUGUUGGCCAAGUUCUGUGGACAAACCGCCCCUCAAAUUCCCAUUGUUGUAUUUACACCAAAGCUCUGGGUCCACUUCCAAACUGACUCAGCCCAGGUUGACUUGGGCUUCAAGGCCUUAUACUCAUUCUCUGAGUGUGGAGGAUGGCAAACAGGUGCAGGAGGAGUGCUAUCCAGUCCUAAUUAUCCAGACAUCUACCCCAGUCCCAGUCGCUGUGCGUGGCUGCUUGAAGCUCCAGUUGGCCAUACUAUCACAUUGACUUUCAGCUUUUUCAACCUGGAGCCACAUACCACCUGUAGCUGGGACUCUGUUACCAUUUUUAAUGGAGGCUCUCCUGGAUCUCCUAUUAUUGGCCAGUACUGUGGUACCACCUCUCCUGGAACUAUUCAGUCAGGGUCCAAUAAACUUGCUGUGGUUUUUCUGGCUGACCACAGUGUUUCCAGAGGUGGAUUUGUUGCCACGUGGUCAGCUGAUUCUUCAGGUUGUGGAGGGGUGAUCCAUGCUGAUACUGGAACAAUUAAGUCACCAAAUUAUCCCCAAAACUUCCCAGCCAAUGUGGAGUGUACCUGGCAGGUCAUUGCUCAUGAAGGAAACCACCUGGAGAUGAGCUUCAAUACUAAUUUUGAGAUUCCUGAUUCUACUGGGACCUGUCAGAACUCGUACAUCAAGGUGUGGUCGGGCAGCUCCCAAAGCGAUGAGGCUCUGCUGGCGACAGGCUGUGGUUCUGUGGCUCCAGGUCCCAUCGUUGCUCCGUAUAACAUCAUCUCAAGUCGAUUUCAAUCUUCUGAAACUGCUGGGAAAGGUUUCUCUGCUUCGUUUAGUAACCGCUGCGGUGCAAACUUUACAGCAGCCAGCGGUCGUGUGGUCUCUCCAAAUUUUCCAGCUGACUACCCCGACCGCUCGAACUGCAACUACACUAUAGAUGCUGGAGUGCAAACAGUGAUCGUCCUCACCUUUCAGGUUUUCCAGCUAGAAGCACACUCCACGUGCAUGUAUGAUGGUCUGAAGAUCUAUAAUCCAAGUACUAGUGGUACUGCUUUUGCCACUUUAUGUGGUACCACCAUUCCAGGUCCCUUUUCCACAUUUGGUUCAAUGUUACUCCACUUCUACUCAGACUCUGUGAUCAGCAGCAGUGGCUUCAUGGCUGAAUACAGAACCAUUCCGUGUGGUGGAUUUUUUAACAGCUCCGCAGGUACUGUGAGCAGCCCAGGACUGUCCAUGAUCAAUUAUCACCACAACAUGAACUGUACCUACCAUAUCAUGGUCCAAGCAGGCAGAGUAAUGGAUCUCAAAUUCAACACUUUCCAUCUUGAGGCAUCAUCUUCAUGUCGUUAUGACUAUGUGGCUGUCCAUGAUGGACAGGACACCUUAGCACCUUUGCUGGGGACAUUCUGUGGUUCAGUCCUCCCACCUAAUUUGCGUUCCACCACAAACCAGUUGUUCAUUGUCUUCAAGACAGAUUCCACAGUUAAUGGUGUAGGCUGGAGAGCUACUUACAGUGAAACACUUGGUCCAGCUCAAGGAUGUGGUGGUUACCUCUCCAUGCCUAUGGGCAUGUUUGGUUCACCAGAUCCAAACCUGGACGGACGUUAUGAGCCCAGGAUGGACUGUCUAUGGACCAUUGAGAUGCCAGUCAACAGGGCUAUCAAUCUGACCUUCAGCUCCUUUGACAUUGAGAACUCUGCUGAUUGCCGCUAUGAUUAUGUCAAAGUUUAUGAUGGUGACAACAUUAACUUCCCUCUGGUUGGGACUUUUUGUGGACUCUCCAUCCCUGCUUACUUUUUGUCCAGUGGAAACUUCCUGACGAUUCACUUUUUCACUGACAGCUCCGUAGAGAAGGCAGGCUUCAAUGCUACCUACAGAUCUAUACCAUUGGUUUGCGGUGGGACUCUAAAUGCCACAAGUUCUGUACAGACCCUGAACUCACCCUCCUUCCCUGGCGCUUACCCUCCUUACACGUCAUGUCGCUGGAUCCUCGAUGCACCGCCCCAAGAAACUAUUAAAGUGUCAGUCCCGACAUUUGUCCUCCAACCAAGCCAAAGCUGCUCUACAAACUUUCUGGAGAUGAAGGACUGGCCUUUGGGAGACUAUGGACAGUCGUUUAAGUUCUGUGCAUCAGAUGCUCAGCCUCCAGACUUUUACAGUUACAGUAGGACAAUCCACGUCAACUUCAAAUCUGAGGCUUUCUUCACAGGAAACGGUCUCAGUUUCACCUUUCAAAUUGCCAGCUGUAGCAGAACAUAUGAACAGGAAUAUGGCUACCUGAAGAGUCCAGGGUGGCCUGACAUCUACCCCCACAACAUGGAUUGCAUCAUCAUCCUAAAGGCACCGCAGAACAGCUACAUCUCUUUCUUCUUCAACAGUUUCGAUUUGGAGACCCAUAAUGACUGUAACUUUGACUAUUUGGAGGUUCGUAAUGGAAGUACAGCAGACUCGCCACUGAUUGGUCAGUUCUGUGGUAGCACCCUGCCCAGCCCCAUCUUCCCACAAUCUAACCUGCUCUACUUACGCUUCAAGAGUGACUUUUCCCAGGCCAGAGACGGUUUUGAUGCUACGUGGACAUCCUCGCCUCACGGUUGUGGAGGCAUCCUUUAUGGAGACCACGGCUCAUUCUCAAGUCCCAACUACCCAGGGACAUAUCCCAACAGUACUAACUGUGAGUGGGACAUUAAGGCACCUCGGGGUCGUGUGGUGACCGUUACCUUCGUUCAAAUAAGUAUUGAUGAUGCAGGAGACUGUCAAGUGAACUUCUUAAAGAUGUAUGAUGGCCCAGACAACUCUUCACCUCUUAUUGGACCUUACUGCGGAAUGGAAACCAACAUUGCUCCAUUCACAGCCUCCUCCCAUGAGGUUCAUGUGGUUUUCCAAGCCCAGUACUCCAUCUUGCCGUCAGGAUUCAGAAUCACCUGGAGGAGCUGA